AUGAACUUUUCAUUGGAGUGUGGUGUGGACUUAGUGGUGCUAACAAGUGGCAACAAGGGCGAUCCUGCGUCCUCUGGCAAAGUCAGCACAGCUGAACAGUACUUUGACAACUCGAGAGUAGAGUGUGCCACACAGGCUUGUCCUGAACUCUUAAAGAAAGAUUUCCAGUCAAUGUUUCCUGAAGCUCCAUCCUGUGGUAUGAUGGUUGUCACGGUUACCCAGAAGACGCAGAACGAUAUGGCGUCAUGGUCUGCUGAGGUGGAAGAUGAGAGAGAGCAGAUGCUUGACAAGGUUAAAUGCUGUCUGUAGAACAGUUAAGCUGUUUUACAUGUCUUACACUAUAAUAAGACGUCACAGGGUUUCUCCCUACAUUAUCACAGCAAGUACUCAGAAUAAAUAAAUGUAAGGUACUUUGGCCCGUACACCAACAACACACUGUAUGAGACAGAUGACAGAUACCGUCACCUGGGCUUUCAGAUUGAGGACCUGGGCUGCUGCAAAGUGAUCCGACACUCGUUGUGGGGGACACAUGCUUUUGUAGGGACAAUAUUCACCAGCGCACCACCUGAUACUCCUACUAUGAAGACAUUGCAGGGUAGAUGAACACAGGCUCUGGGAUACCGAGUGUAAUAUGCCUCACCACUAACAGAGUGGUUAGUGGUAAGGACCAUAUCUGUAAUCAUGUUAAAGCUUAAAAAAUGCUGACACCACAAUAAAGCUUGUGAAUGUUUUGUCUUUGAAA